CAAAACGAAAAAAAGCGGCCAAAGAACAACGCCAAAUGCUGUGUAGUUGCCCACUGUUCAAUUUCUUAUUAUAACUCGUUCAAAUAAACAAAUAUACAGAAAUAGUAACAGCCUCGAUGUGCGCUGCAAAACGGUCGAGAGUUUAACAGCACAAGAAGUACUUUGAAUAUGUUGUCAAGUAAACGAACGGCUCUUAUUGAAGAUGAUUCUUUGAACCACCUCCAUGAAUUUGGCUCUCGGUCCUUGUCUAGAUAAUCUAAGGAACCGGAACAGGGCUCCACUAGUUUUACACCAGAAACGUCAGAUCUGGCAUCCAAGACUACUCCUGUUGAUAUGAUAAGUAGUGGACCGCCACGCGAUCCCAUGCUUCCGUACUUGACUUCGAGUUCAGCAGAGUCGUCGACCCUAGAUCUAUUGGCUCCGCUGGACGGACGGUCACAAGAUGAACUUGAAGAUUCCGAUACGCAAGAGGAACUGGUUCUUGGUGAACCCAUAGAGAGUGAAUGCUGCCAAUUGGAGCUCGAAGAAGACGUUAGGUUGGUUAUUGAAGAGCUCAUAGCGAAAGAAUAUUUCGAGCCGCAAGUGCAAGAAGAGAUAAGGUUGGAUGUUGCAAAGUUCAGAUCGAACUUCGAAGAGAUUAGAACUAAUAUCAUAAAUAUUGGCCUGGGUCUUGAAAAGAUCAUUUCAAAUAGUGACCUGGUCGAAGCAUAUUGCAAACUUAUUAAAGCGACUUCGGAUGUCGUUACCACUGAUGAACACACUGAGGAGAGGCAACCGUGUAUGGACGUUAUUAAGGGGCUCCUUGAAAGUGUCUUAUCGAUAGUAUAUGAAAUAUCGAAUAUCGAAAAGGGUAACUUAUUGAAUAUUGACAAGAUCCUUUCAUAUGGUUAUUUCACGUGGGAAGUCGAAGAAAGAAUUGGAUCGAAUAUUGAACAUUUUAGACUAUUUCAUGAAGAUUUGAGACCGACAAUCGAAGCAAAUAUCCGAUCGAUUGUUGAAAAAAUCAGCUCAAAUGAAUAUAACAUAUCGGAAAUCCAAUGGAAUAUCACCGUGAAUAUCGACGGAAUCAUGUUAAUUAAUCAAGAGUCCUGCGCAACUUUUGAUUUCAGGUCUAUGGGUUUCGGGGAUAUCAUAGAGCAAUCUAUGUAUAAGAAACCGGAUAUCGAAGAUAUUAAGGAUAGUCUUGAUCACCUCAGAGCGACUGGUUAUCUGAUCAGACACUUGUUUGAAGCUACUAAAACGAGUUUGGCAACAACAGGAAGAAAGGACAAUAUUGAAAGAAGUAGAGAAGAUAUAAGAUCGAAUUUUGAAAAGUUCACAUUGGCUUUACCUCAAACAUUGGAUUCCGAAGAUUCUAUCAUAUCGGAUAUUGAACAUAGUCUUUCAAAUGGUGAUUUCAUAUGGCAAACGAAAGAAGCUGUUAGAUCGGCAAUUGACAAGAUUCGAUUCAUUAAUGAAAAUCUCAGACCGAAUCUUGAAGACGAUCUUUUUGACAUUCUUGAAAAAAUCGACUUAAAUGGAUGUGUCACAUCGGAUAUCGAAGAAGAUAUUAGAUACAAUAUGGUCAAAAUCUCAUUAAGUAAGGUAAGCUUUGCCUCAGAUUCCGAAUUUAUGGGUGUCGAAGAUUUCAUGGACGAUGGUGAAAGUAUAAAUUCGAAUAGUGAAGUUGAAACGAAUACUGAGGAAAAUUACAGAAAGAAUAGCAAUAUAGGAAAUACCGGAGAUGACAUUAGCUCAAAUAGCGAACAUGAAACGAAUACCCAAGACAAUAUCAAGCCAAGCAAUGAAGACCUUAGGUCAAAUAGUGGUGAUAAAAUGAAUGACAAUAAAAGAAGUAGAGAAGAUAUUAAAACGAUUGCCAAAGACAAUAUCAGAUCAAAUAAUGCAGACAUCAUACCAAAUAGUGAAGGUAACACAAAUACUGGAAACAAUAUCAAAUCAAGUAAUGAAUGCAUCAGAUCAGGUACUGAAGAUAAAACGAAUACUAAAGACAAUAAAACAAAUAGAGAAUAUAUUAGACCAAAGAGUGAAGACAUUAGAUCAAAGAGUGAAGAUACUCUAAUGAAUAGCGAAGAAUAUAUCAGAUCAAAUAUUGAAAAUAUCAGAUCGACCCUUGGAGAACUUAGAACAAAUAUCGAAGAAAACAUUAGACCGAAUAUGGAAAAAAUUAAAACGAAUAUCAAAAGAAAUUCUGCAUCUUUGGAUAACAAAACUUCACUACAAAGCUUUCAAGUCAAUUCCCAAGGAGAUGUUGAAACCUCCCACAGUCCGUCGACUGAUACAAUAAACAAUUUCGAAAUCUCAAAAGAAACUGCAUCCACUACCCUUCCUGCUUCUGCUGAUUUUACUGAGUCUCCAAACUUAUCGUCUAAUUCGAAAAAUCGUACUGUCCUAAAGCUUAUCACCCCAGAUGCUCCAUUAGAUACUACAUCAUCUGACUUUAGACCUGUUUAUCGACCGCCCAAGUCAGGAAAAUUUAAGCUUCUUUGCCAAAAGUUCUUCUGGAUAGGAAUCUUAAGUGAAAAGGGGGACCCUCAAUUAUUCCACAAUUUAGUUAUUAGGGCCUUAGUCCACCUUUAUACUUCGAAAGAAGAUCCUCCUCGUGAUAUGCUAGCACCGAUGGCCGUCAAACCCGAAAUGUGGAAAGACUAUGAAUUUGAAAGAUGUCUAUUCCAUAUUUUUGAAGUUGAAAAACGUACCUCUAAACGGCAAGAUCUUAUAAAUUAUCUUAAAAAGGUUCCUUAUCAGUUAAGGGCACUUUAUGUGAUUUACACCUACGAGGGACAAAACUCUAAUAUUCUUUUUCGGGUUCCAGAAUAUCAUUGGAUACCUCCGACUAUCGAUCAAACUAGAGAAUUGGUAAGUCUCCAAUUAGAUAAAUAUGUCCUUCAAAAGAGUGACCUAACUAUUCAGAAGAUUGAUUUGCUAAUGAAUUCCCUUGAGAAAAAUAUUGACGAAAUUGAAUUGGGAGACCAUAGGAUUAAGCUUAAACCAAUAUUUGAAGAUAUUGGGAAAAAAAUUAAAACCAUAAGGGAGGAAAUACCCUUGCUCUUUGCCUUUGUCAAUUCUUGGGUUUCCUCUAAAAUCGAAUAUAUUGAUACUAUCAAAUGUUUUCGAAUAGCGACAAACAUUAAUGUGUCUCCUUCUCUUAUCAGGAAACACCAAAAAUACUCAAUUGAAAGGCACAAGCUAGAAAGUUACCAUGACUUGAUUAGGAACACCACUAUUCCGGCUUCCCUACCUCCUAUCCCAAAUGUUCAUCUCAUUCUCAAUGAUGUUUCAGGAAGUGUGGUUCUCUUUAAGUUUAGAGCCAAAGCCAACAACUAUUCCCAUUUACUUGGGUUAUUCUCAAAGCAUCUUGCCAAUAUGAGUGUGAAACCUCACUUUGAAAUAUUUGACGACAACGUAUUUGAUUCUAGUAUUGUGGUUUUCGGGACUGAAUAUGAGUUCAAGGGGAUAAUUCUGCUCAAUUCUUCUCAAACUCCGAUACCUUAUUUGGGAAAGAAGAAUGAAUCAACUGAGCUCCAGAUAAUUUCACCAAUUAUCUACUGUUCCAGUUGUUCCACUCAAAACCAUUCUAGAUUUUCCUGUCCCAAGUUACCAUGUGUAUUUUGCAAAAGUCGAGAGCAUAUUGGUCAAGAUUGUAAACUUAAACCGCCUCCCAAAGCAAAGAAGGACAAAAGACCAUCAACUACAGCCUAAGAAGGAAGUACAAGGGCUAGUAGAGAGUUAGUUGAUUAUUACUAAAACUUUUCUCCCUUCUUCUCUUGUCUGAUUCUUGAUCUUCUUGUUCGAAAGUAAUUAUUAUGCUAAUUUAGUAAAAUCUUUCAAUUACCACUACAACACGUACAAUUUAAUGGGAACUUAUUCUUUAUGGUGCCUCCUCGCUCACUGCCUAUUGGAGCCUAUUAUUCGAGAGAUCAUGUUUUCGACUGUCUCCAGAGACCCUGAUUUUGUUAC